UUAACUGACCUAUACUGGACAGAAUGAGUUGACCCGCUAAAAUGACGUGGCGCUGUGACGUCUGUUCCGCCGUCCGCCUCGAGGUUGUGUUUACAGUCAGAUUUGGCGGGAGAAGAUUAGACGAUCCGCUUUCGGUUUAGAUUACGUUCUGUUAAGAGCCGCGUGCGUCAAUGGCGGCGACUGCUCCUGCAGCUCCUGCGGAGCCGGAGGUGGACCGCAGCGGAGCUGAGGACGAGCCCCGAAGCGCCGAGCCGGAGGAGGACGGGGGGAAUGGGCAAGCUGGGCCCACCGCGGGCGCACAGCAGCAGCAGCAGCACCGCCUCGCCAAGUUACCGCUGUCCCGCAUUAAAACUCUGAUGAAAGCCGAUCCGGACGUGAGUCUGGCCAGUCAAGAGUCCGUGUUCAUCAUAGCUAAAGCCACGGAGCUUUUUGUUGAAAUGAUCGCCAAGGACGCUCUUGUUUAUGCACAACAGGGAAAGAGAAAAACUCUGCAGCGCAAAGACUUGGACAAUGCUAUUGAAGCAAUAGAUGAAUUUGCGUUUUUGGAAGGUACCCUGGACUGACUGAAAAGGUGCAUAGAUAUGAAUAUAAAGACUGUCAACAAGUUCUGAAGUUUCGUUUCAGAUUUGAGAAAUCAAAAGAGAGGAGAAAUCGCUGAUACAUGUUAUUUUUUUCAUUGUGAUGUUGGUAAUGCUUUAGCAGUUUGAUAAAAUUGUAUGGUUGUCAAAGUUGUAAAGUGCAAAUUGUAUUUUUCAAUAUUCUAAGAUUCUUAUAACAAUUUUUAGUGUUUAAAUAAAGUGA